AUGGGCGAGGUGGCUGCCUACCCUCCCUGGGACUUCUCCUGGGGCAACUCAGCAAGCCACGGGACACAGGCAAACCACAACCCAUGGGCCUGGGUGGAGGACUCCCCAUCUCUAGCCACCCACAGCCGGAACCCGGUGACAGUGCAGUGCCAGGAGGCUCAGCUGGUGGUGACGGUGCACAGGGACCUGUUUGGCACUGGUCGCCUGGUCAGCGUGGCCGACCUGACGCUGGGGCCAGCAGCCUGCAAACACUCUGCACUCAACCAUGCCCUGCACACUGUCAUCUUCACUGCUGGGCUCCACGAGUGUGGCAGCACCGUGCAGGUCACACCGGAUUCUCUCAUCUACCGCACACUGCUCAACUACGAUCCCAGUCCUGCCAGCAACCCUGUUAUCAUCCGCAGCAACCCUGCUGUCAUCCCCAUCGAGUGCCACUACCCCAGGAGGGAGAACGUGAGCAGCAAUGCCAUCCGCCCCACCUGGGCUCCCUUCAGCUCCACACUGUCAGCGGAGGAGAAGCUGAUGUUCUCCCUGCGCCUCAUGAAUGAUGACUGGAGUGCUGAGAGACCCUUCACUGGUUUCCACCUGGGUGAUGUCCUCAACAUCCAAGCGGAGGUGGGCACAGAGAGCCACGUGCCACUGCGGCUGUUCGUGGACAGCUGUGUAGCCGCGCUCAGCCCUGGCACCGACUCCUCACCCCACUACACCAUCAUUGACUUCAAUGGGUGCCUGGUUGAUGGAAGAUCAGAUGAUACCAGCUCUGCCUUCAUCGCCCCCCGGCCCCGGGAGGACAUGCUGCGUUUCAGGAUCGACGUCUUCAGGUUCGCAGGGGACACCAGGAACCUGAUCUAUAUCACCUGCCACCUGAAGGUGACUCCAGCAGACCAAACUCCAGACUCCCUGAACAAGGCUUGUUCCUUCAACAAAGCCAGAAACACCUGGGCCCCUGUGGAAGGCACCCGGGACAUCUGCAGCUGCUGUGAGAUGGGCAACUGUGGGUCCCCUACAGUGGCCAGGGGCCUCAACCACCUAGACAGAUGGCCCAGUCGCCGCUUCCGCCGUCAUGCCAAGGGUGAAGAGGCUGAGGCUGACGUGGUCAUUGGCCCCGUGCUGCUCUCAAGGGACCUAAGUGCUGUGAGACAGCAUCCAGAGGGAGGUCAGGGUGGGGGGAGAGCAGUGCUCGGCGUGGGGACAGGGCUGCUGUGCGUGGUGAUCGUUGUGGGUUUGGCAGGAAUGGCACUGGCCAUCGUUGUGGGGCGCAGAAGGUGUGUCCAUGCCUCAGCCUGA